CCCGCCCCCCCCCCUUUUUUUUAUUCCCAUUCCACUGCAAAAUUCUCCAACUUCACUUAACAUAAAAAUAAUUCUUUCUCUUUCUCAUAUUUUCUUUCUUUUCCGGCGAGCAUGUCGGGUUUCAGACAUCUUUCCGGCGACCGGAGGCGAGGAAAGUUGCCGGAGAAGUCCAAUUUUGCACAAACAUGCAAUCUUUUGAGUCAGUAUAUUAAGGAUAAAGGAAGUCUUAGAGAUUUGAAUCUUGAAAUUGGUGGAAAAAUCGAGAGCCUCGAAAACAUAGUGAAGCAAGGAUCUUUUUGUCACGAAUUCACAAGCAAAGAUGCGGCGGCACCGACGGAUUCCGCAGCUGCCGGCCAGUUGACGAUUUUCUACUCCGGCGGGGUUUUGGUGUUUGACGAUUAUCCGGCUGAGAAGGCUGAAGAACUCGUGGCGUUUGCUGCAAAUGGUGGUGGCAGCGGCAUUUUGUCGAACACAUCGUGGGCCAAACCGAGCUCCGGCGGUGCUGCCGAGACUUCUACUCCGGGAGAGAGCCAGCUUCCGCCGCGGCCUGGUUCCCGUAAGGCGGCUGGUGUUGGCAUUACGUCGAACACCGCGAGUGGUGGGGCGGCUGAGGUGCCGCCGGUGGAGAACCGGGGUUCUACGCUGCCUGAGGCUAAUGAUUCCGAUUUGCCUAUUGCGAGAAGAUCAUCACUUCAUCGGUUUCUCGGGAAGAGGAAAGAUCGAGCUGCUGCUAGAGGGCCUUAUCAACUUCAAGAACAGCCAGCCUCUUCUUCCAAGGGAGAUGAACAUUUCGACCUCAACUUAUAACAAUUGCUUCUUAUUAUCUGAAAAUUAUCACGUAUAUUUUUUUUUUUUGUAUUUUUUAAGGAGUAUUAAUUAUUAUACGGCCAAAUUAAUGUGCAAUUAGAUCUAUAUCGUUUUGUUAUUUGAUGCGGUCGUGAAUAAGAUAUAUUUGAUUCACGUCAAAUCUUCUUAAGAGAUGAA